AUGGAAAACUUUAAUAUACUGAGAGUGAAGGAGCACCUUCGACUGGUUCUGGUCGGUCUUCAGGGGGUUGGGAAGAGUGCAGCAGGAAAUGCCAUUCUGGGCCAAGAAGAGAUUCACUCGGACCUCAGUGCCACUUCUCUCACAUCCACAAGUGAACGGAGGGAUGCUGUUGUCUGUGGGAGGACAGUGACUGUUGUGGACACUCCUGGCUUAUUAAACAGUGAUGAUUCUAAUACAAAUGUAGAGCAGGAGCUGGAGAGAGCUUUGACUCUGUGUGAACCCGGACCCCAUGCUUUUCUCCUCGUCAUUCAGCUGGGUCGCUUUACUGAGCAAGAAAGACAUGUGAUGGACACUCUCCAGAAGAUGUUGUGCUCAGAUGUGAAUUUGUUCACAAUAGUGCUUUUUACAUAUGGAGACAAACUUAAGAAUAAAAGUGCAGAACAGUUUGUAAGGGAGGAUAAAAACCUGCAGAAACUUAUCCAAAAAUGUUGCUCACAAUAUCAUGUGUUCAAUAAUACUGACAGAGAAAACACAUGUCAGGUCAGUGAGCUCUUCGAGAAAGUGGACUGUCAGUUAGAAAAGAGAAACAAAAAAUAUUAUGUUAGGACAAACAAGGAGCAGGGAAAGUUCUGGAAUACAAGCCACUUCUACAUUGCUGCUGCUGCUGUUGCAGCUCUGUUGAUGUAUGCAGCAUUUACUAAGACACCAACACAGAGUAAAAUCCCAGAGUAUUCUCUGAGUUCUCCAAGUGUCCCAAGUGAUGCGAUAGUAACAAAGGUGGAAGCAGAUGUUACUCAGAGUGAAACAUUUUGGGAAAUGUUGCACAGCCUGUUCAACAAGGACAACAAGAAGGUGUAUUUAAUUGGUUUAGUACCACUGUUUUUUAUUAUAAAGAAGCUGAUGAAAAAAUUGUUACAGCAGGUACACUAAUUGUUCUAAUGAGACAGUGGAGAAAUUAAAUCUAUGUAUAACACUUUGAAAUGUAGGUACACAAAUGUCCAUUUGAAACAUUGGAAUAAAGCAUGCAUAUUCACUAUUUUAAACUUUAAGAAUUAUUUGCAGUUGUCUUCUAUAAAACACAUGAAUGUUUGCCUUAUCUGAAAAUGUAGAAACGGUAACACUUUAUAAUAACUGCACGCUAUGGAUCAUUGGGUAAGCAUUAGUAAAUAGUCAGUUCAUCUUUUAUAAAGCAUUGUCCCGACAUUAAUAG